AUUUUAUUUAUAACAAAUCUCGGUUUGAAUCAGUAAGAUGCUACUGUUUAGAUUCUGAAGUCUGAUUGCAGUCGGGUAGAAACUACUUCUAAAACGGUCCGUGUUGCAGCGUAGACUACUGUACCUUUUACCCGAGGACAAAAGGGUAACCAGUCUGUGACAGGGCUGAAAGGGUUUCUGCAUCAGUACAGAAUUAGCAUUUACAUAAUUUUCAUUCACACAUUUUGGCUUUUUAAAUCCUCUAUUCCUGGAAAUCCAGUGUAAACAGAAGACUGAAUAUCAAUAAUCAUACAACCAAAGGAAGGAAGAGUUUGUCUUUAUGUUUCCAGUUGAAACACAAUGGAAACUUCCUGUUUUCACAUCGGUCAAAUAAGAUUCAACUUCCUACAAUAUCUAACCGCAGCAACAGAAAGAGUAACUGUGUAUUUAUGUUGAGAAGAGAAGUCCUCCUAGCCACAAUGAGAAGCUUUGAUAGAAAACUGCAAGUUUGUACGUCUAUCAAUGUUUUAGUGAAUAAGAUGACAAGAAGAUAGCAAGGAGAUAUGACUUCAAUUAUUGUUACUAAAGCUUGAGAACAACUGGAGAUCGUAUGUCACCGAAAACAGCAUUUUUGCUCAUAUACAGCUAUGCAGAGUGGUACAUCUUUGAUAAAUGAAUGUGUGGUGGAGAAGAACAUCAGUGACGAUGGUUCAGAUGGGUGUGAGCAGUUUGAGGAGUGGUCCACAUUCAGCUCUGUACACCAGGAGGAGAAUAACAAGGACAGCAGCUGCUUUGGAGACUGGACUACCUUUAAUGGGUGUCUUGUUGAAGAGGCUGAGUUUGUACCACUGUCACCUCAGGAAGGAGAUACUUCUGGCUUUGAACAUAAGGUGGACAGUGAAGAUGAGGUAAAUCCCUGGACUGUGUUCCAUGAAUGCUUCCAUGUUGAAGAGACAUUGAAAGACACAGAAACGACGGAGAUACCACCACUGUCACAGCUACUACACAACCCCACAUCAAUACCUAAUCACCCUGCAGUUAUAUCCAGGGAGGGUGCCAGCCUUUAUCAUCAUGUGUUGUGUGAGCCAAAAUCUUUGACCCGCUAUGGUGCCAAGCACAGCUUGUAUUCACAAAAGCAACUAAUCGACUUACUUCAGCUCAAGCAUUCAGAUAUAAUUGAGUCACAAAACUCUGAUCUUUGUGACUUGGGUAUUGAGGAGCUUGAAAGUAACCCUGCUGCGCUCAUCCAGACUAAGCUAACAGCACCCACGUGGUGUCAGAACACACCAGGAGUUUUCUACCAGAUAUCUCGCCAGUGGCUCAGCCACCACAAUGUAAAAUUACAAAAUCACCAGGACAAGAAAGACCUGCUGUAACAAUAAACACACGCACACUUAUACUAUUCCAGUAGAACUGGCUGUUACUGAACUUAGAUUAGAUUCACUCUGUUUAUCCAUCCAAUAUUGCAGCAAUAAACCACAGUUUGUACACAA